AUGGAAUCGUCAGAGCCAAAUCGAGAAGUCCAUCCGAUGCCUGCAGGAUAUAAUAUGGAGUCAAAUCAGGAUUCCCACCAAACACCCGGUUCUAUUCAUGAUUCGAACCGCUUGAUUGAACAAGAACUCGGGUAUGUUCCGUCCAACGCACGCAUUACUAUAUCCGUCUGUCGGGGAAAUAAUAUGGAUUUGUCGAGCCUUGGAAUCGCCUAUCAAAAAACAAGCGGUGGCUAGCCACGGCUGGGGAUUUGGCGACUGCGAUAAGGCGGAAAUUUUGCUGCGACAAAUCCACAUUUUUUUCUCGACUGACCGAUGGACUCAAUAAAUUCUCAGGACUUUUUGCGCCUACAAUGACGGACCUGAUCCAGUUGCAAAAGACGUACCAUUUUGCACUUGGGAAGCAUCAAAAAUGUGGCUAAAUGCUUCACUCUCCAAGUGAAAAAAAACUUUGUUUUGAAAGGCGCGCCCUUCCCUCACAAAAAGACCACAUUUUUGAUACUUCCUGCAUGCAAAACGGCACGUUUUUUCCCACUGGAUCAGGUCCCCCACUGUAGUACUAAUGAACCCUUUUUUAGCCCACUAAAUCCUACAAAUCCCAACAUUCGAGCAAUGACAGUUCCAUCAACAAAGCGACACUUCAAAACAAAACUUAUUCUGGAGCACCCAGCUGAUAAGACGCGUUGUUAUGUACUAACGAAUGGUGGCCAGUGGAAGAGGAACCAACAAACGAUUGUCCGCUAUGUCUGUGCGAGUUGCCGUUCGUUGAAGGACGGCCGGAUCAUCGUGGACUCGCUUCAAGGGUGCGCAAGGAAUAUGACAACGGGAGUGUGGGAGGGCAACCCACACGAACUCCGACACUACUGCGAGCCUCGACUCCUCGACGUCGAGAUGGGAAGAUCGAAACGAAAUGAGCUGCUGAAUACAAUAUGUGAAAAAGAGCUGCUGAAUACGAUAGGUGAAUGCGGACCGGAAACUGAUCAAUCCGCUUCAAACAAGGUGACCCUAACACUUCAGCAAUAUGCCGGUAAUGAAGCCAUGAACGGUUCAAACGAAGAUAUCUCACAACAACAGAAAAGGAUGACAAAAGCAAUUUCGAGAUCCCUUUCCUCGAGAUAUCCUAAAAUUAGCUCCGUGGAAGAGUUGGUCGAAAGUGAUGACGUGAAAACCAAGGAGUUCUCUUCAAUUACAAGUAAGAAAAAACAGUCGAAUCGAAAGUCACAUCGCACGUCAAACUGAGAUAGGCUAAAACGGUCCGGUAAAUUGGUUGGCAAUUCGCCAAAAAAGACGCGAAAAAACUUUUAGUCGGGGAAGAAAUGGGGAUUUUUUUGGACGAGAGAGUACAUUUUUGCGCGUCUUUUCUCUGACUUCUCUGUGAAAUCUAGACAAAGUGUAUAAAACCGAUAGCGAAGGGUCUUUUCCGGUCACCGGAGUCCUCAGUUUGACGUGCAUCGCCGCCGAGAAAAUGAGUUGUGUUGCGGCAAAAUCAAAUUUCUUUUCAAUUCAGCGACGCGACCGGCGCACCGAAAUUGUGCUCAUUAUUUUUUCCGACAGGCUAAUAGCAAUGAUACUUGCAGAUUCUGAAGGAAUAAACGAGCCAUGGAUCCGGACACCGCAACCAAACUUCUUCCUUCUCACAACGGAAACGCAUUUAAAGGCUCUUGCGGGGUCCACAGAGAUAUUUAUUGCUGGGACCUACGAUUUCUGCCCCACAGGAUACCUACAGCUGUUGAGCAUUUUUGGAAAUGUUGAAAGUGACGUGUUGCCAAUGUUUUUGGCCCCCAUGAAAAAGAAAUCAUAUAGUGUGUACAGAAAACUGUUUAUGUAAGUUGCUACUACAAUAAUUUCCUUCGGCUAUGCGCGUCAAGAAAAAAUCGAGCAAAGGCGCUCAAGCAAUGAAAAAUCCUUGGCAUUCUGUUUUAGCUCAAAAAUUAAAUUUUUGCUCCAACGAUAACCUGUCGCCCUCUUUCAUAUAACAAAUGGGUCGUCAGCUAUCUGUUUGAAGCCUAAACUAACAAAGCCUAAAAAAUUUGGCGAUUUUGCCGAUUUCUCCAAGAGUUUCCCUCGACCCUGGUUGAAGUUUGAUGGAAACAUAGUCUGAAACAAGGGGGAUCUUUUGAACCUAAAUCGAAAAAAAUCAUAUGAUUCAGUUUCGAGAUGCAAAAUCUCUUCAUUUUACGCAAUAUUUCGCCUUUCGUCUGUCCAAAAAACGUCAUUGAGACGGAUUUUUGGACUCUUUCAUAAGCGGAAAACAAAAUUCCAAGUUUUGUGUUGAUGGAUAACCCUUUGAGCGCAAAAUCUUGACGUGCCAUGCUUUUUUUUACCUUAUAUUUGAAUCUCCUCUCUGCAGAGCGCUGAAAUCUCUUUUGCAAGAAGCUGGACUAACUAUUGAAUGGAGAACAGCCCACUUUCCAUACGAAACCGCAUCCGUCAAAGCGUUCGCCAUGGUAAGUGUUAUGUAUAACCGUAUGUUCUGAGACAACACACCACCACCUCCCGGACAGACUAGUAUCACCGAUAUUCCUUUACAGGUCUUCCCGUCCGUACAGCCGGUGCUAUGCGUCUUUCUUCUAAAGCAGGCUCUGCUCGAGGAAUUGGGGAAAUCGCGUUUUAAGCGACUAAAAACCGAACACUUUCCAAUCGUGGAAAAAGUGUGCCGGACGCUCGGAGGACUACAACACACAAAGCGGAGGCAAUACGAAUCGCUUAAAGCGGUGAUUCUAGAGUACGUUCAGAGAAAAGAAAAUCGGUAUAGUCGGAAAAUAAUUCGACAAUUGAAACAGCUUGUACUGUCCUUCUUUGCGACCUAUGUGGAUGGGCCGCUGGGGAAAAAGUUUUUCACGCAAUAUCGCUCUGAAACAACGCCGAUUUCGAAGUUCAUCGAGGAUUUCCAUUCAUCACUAGCCGCAUUCUUCCGGAGGAAGCGCCCGCCGUUAGCGCAGUUUUUGUUUCAUAUGAGGUAAGUGGAACUGGGACGAUUGGGGAAACCGAAAAGUAUUAUUUUUCUUCGAUGCAAGUGCCGAAAUUAAGAUAAUCGAGGGUGCUGAUUUCGAAAAUAGCAUUUUUUUGAUCGUUACUUUUUUCUUUAUGUAGUAUUAUAAAGUGGAAAUUUUUUGAAUUUUUUCAUGAAUACUCGAUUUAGGGGUUUUCGAUGGUGCUGCUUUCAAAUCAGAAAAAAAUGAAUGUCAUUUUCGAAAUCAGCACCAUCGAAAACCCCUUUAUCGAGUAUUUAUGAAAAAAAUUAAAAAAAUCCUACUUUACAGUACUAAUUGGUUAUAAGCAAGUAAUGACAUAAUAUUCACUUUUCUUGCAGAAUUUUUGUGGCCGACACUAAUCACCAAAUAUCCGCUUUGCCGGACAAACAAAAAUUCGCAUCGGAAAAGACUCAACAAGAAGCCGACGACAAACUCAAUCAACUGAAACAGCGUUUCCAGCAAGAAUGGUCGUGCGACGAACAACUGUCUGCUCUGCGAACUCUCCGCCGAAUAGGGCGUUAUUUGGGAUAUUAA